UUGUCCACUUCACAUCGAUCAGAUGCUCCGGCUUUGGGGGGGAAAAAGACACCACUCCAACCGAAGCUCUCGCUCUUUUUUACAACUUUCUCAUGUUGCACGAAACUCUGGGCCUGCGUUCAACGUGUCGCUUACAAUGUCGACAAACCGCCCUGACGCGUGUAUUUUUAUUAUUUUAAUUUUGCAUGCAAGUUAUGUGCGGCCGGUGAGCGGGAGGAAGCGUAUUUCUAAGUUGCGUGUUACAUAAUAGGAGUGGCAGGAGGAGGGGUGCUGCUGUUUCGGCUGAGACGUGCUGCCUUCAGGGACCCACCGCCUCUCUGGUAUUUGAGGGUCGUGCACAAAGGAACGAAACCAAACACUUUUACAUAACUUCCCGGCUAGCGUCCUUUUUUUUUCUAUGAAUGGGAGAACAGCUGGUGCUGAAAGUCAAAUAUUUUUAAGAGUUGAAGCUGAGCAGGAAGUGCAUGGCUGGAUUGUGUCCCCGAAGAGACAUGAUCAGCAGGACUCCUGUGGGACAGCCGGGCAUAAACAAGAGUUGCUGCUCACUCAGCCAACCAGGGUCCAGCAUGCCGAAGGAACAGCAACGCUGUUCGUAUGCCUCAUCCAGCAAGAAUGCUAAAAAUAAGAGCAACCGCGCAACUCUGCUGGCGACGCGCGACGCCAGAGACAAAGACGUCUCCGGUGGGACGUCCCUCCGGUGCAGUUCAGAAAAAGACUCCGGCUACUCUGACGGGCAGCAGACGGAUGUGGAGGACCAGGAAAAAAGCCAGCGAAGAGGAGGUGAGCGAGCAGAACCGGCGCAGACGAGACGAAAUGAAGGUCUUCGGCGCUGGAAUCCUGGAAAACCGAGCCCAACGCCAGAAGGCCGCGAGCUCCCGGCCGUCUACAUCAUCAAUAACAUGGUGAUUCAGCAGCCGGACGUGAUCCAGAACCGAGAUCAGCCGCCCCAGAGGAGCGUCGCCAUGGAGGACGGUGGUUCUGACGCUGCUCAUGUGAUCCUAGCGCCGGCCGCUCGUCAGCUCCACGGGUUGUUCCCGAGUUCCAUCAUCACCGGGAGGAAAAUGAAUGGCACUUACCGGGCCGCUCUCACCUCCUACCCACCCACUGCCCCACUAGCCAGCAAGACGGCGCCUGAUGCAACUCAAUCCAAUGACGAAUCACAGAAUCUGAGCGAGGGGGUGUACACGAAGCGCGAGGUGGAGGACACACCUGUGACCAGGAGUCCACUGGAGCGGCACCUCUGUGAGGCGUCUCCCGAUCGCCCGUCCUCCUCCAGUCCCACCACGGGCCCCUUAAGCCAAAGCCCCUCUGUCCUCAAAACCAGGGGCCCUCACAGAACCGCCUCCGCCAGAACCCGCCAGUUCCGGUUGCACAACGCGGCGGAAGUCCUGAGGCGGUCGGGUCUGUUGGACAUAACGCUGCGAACGAAGGAGCUGCUGCGGCAGAGCAACGCCACGGCGCGGGACCUGGCCGAGCUCCGCCGGCACACGGAGCUGCUGUGCCGGGCCGUCAGCGACCCCGGCGCGACCCCGGAGCAGCUGCACCGGGCCAUGGCCGAGUCGGGCAGCUACCCCCGGAUACAAAUCCUGAGAGGCUUUCAGAUCCCGGAUUCAAGCGACUCCGGGGUGCCGCGGACCCGUCCUCUGGAGGCCCGGCCGGCGGAGGAGGAGGAGGACGGCUUCGCGCUUCCCGACAGUUCCACCGGUUAGCGCCACCUGCAGGGCCUUCGGAGGCAGAGCGAGCACUCAGGGCUACUUUGGGGAUUUCAUGUGUGGCUUUAAUGGUUCAUCCCUGGCUACUUAAACUUUUUUUUUUUUUUACAGGGAUUACGCAAAAUAUCUCUCUGGGUCAACGAGAAGCCAACAAUCACUCGUGUUUAUUGUGUAUUUGAGUUUGUGUUUUGCUUCCAGUUGUCUGAUGUCUCAUCAGGUUUGAGAAAGCCUUUGCAUUGGUGUGUGUGUGUGUGUAUAUAUAUAUAUGCAAUGAAUGCAGUAUACCAAUGCACACGUCAUAGAACCAUUCAGACGUGCAGACGCUCUGCUUGUGAGCCACUACGUGGAAAAUAAUAGUUUUCCCCGGGAGUGAAUUUGCCUAAACUCAGGUGGGAAUAAUCCCGACCGCCUUACAUCAGCGAAAGGAGGGAGAUGCUUUCCUGGUAACCUGCACGAGGAAAAAAAAAAAGAAAACAACCCAGUGCCUUCAAAACGACGCAAGCCGAAGCUCAAAGGCUCCCAGAUUUAAAAAAAAAAAACUGCACUUUUUAGGAAAAGAAUGUAGCACUUAAAGUGCGCGCUGUGUGGUACCACAGAGUGGACUGGACCGUCUCCAGGACUUCUGUCCAAAGCCGUGCGCACUGAGCCUUACUCGUGUUCUGCAUCUCCAGGGCUCGUCAUUCUCACAUAUCAUCUUAACAAAACACAGCGCACAGCCUUCGAUCCAUUUCUCAUGUUUUCCAUAUAUGACGGACAGCUUUUCCAAAGUUUUUCAGUGUAAUUUUCAUAAUUUUGAGGUAUUUAAAUAAAACAAUCUGAGAAAUA